CCUUCCAGUCCUAUUUUCCAGACUGUGCAUGAAAUCAUGACCAUCACCACCGCACUCAGGCACAACUACAACAGCAACAACAAAGUAGGUGGUGGUGGGAUCCUCGAAUCUCAAGCAUUUAUUUACCAACGAACCGUCUUUCUCAGCUCUCCUUUUGCGGGUGAACAUGCGAUUGGUCUCCUUGGUUGGUCUGAUGGCGAGUUUCAAUCAUGCAUUACUCAUUUGAUUGAAUUGGCCGAAGAAAAGACAGGUUGUGAAGCCCUUGUGAUUGCAGUUGACAAGCGCGGAAAAGAAGCUGUCAAUAUUGUACUUCGUGCAUUGAUGUACAUGGGAUUUGCCCUCGUUCAUCCCUCGGUCUACCAACAAGAACCAGGCUUUGUUCUGGUUGGUUAUGAACUCUAACAAAAAAAUAUAAUCUAUUUUUUUUGGGAGAAGGCUCUUUUUUAUUUAUAUAUAUAUAUUUUACUACACCACACCUUUUCUAUUUCUUUCAUUCUCUAUAUUUUACCUUGUAAAAACACACACUAUAAUAUAAUGCAUCAUUAUAUUUCACUCUCUAUCUUUAUGUGGGUGUGGGUGUGUAUGAAUAGGCUAGUUGGAUAUGUACAAGUAGAGAAGAGUUUCUUUUGGCUUUCUGUGCAUGUAGUUUCAAAAAUUCAAUAAAUAAAUAAAAUAAUUCUUUAC